CCCGCCGCGGCAUGGGCGGCCUCGGGCUCGUGCGAUGAGCGCUCCUCCGGCAGUCAUCCCCCGCGCGAAUAUGGGCACAGCCGUGUCCAAAAGGAAGACGCUGAGGAACGAGGCCAUGUCGUCGGUGGCGGCCAAAGUGAGAGCGGCAAGGGCUUUUGGAGAAUACCUUUCACAAAAUCAUCCUGAAGGCAGAAAUGGCUCAGAUCACCUGUUAGCAGACUCCUACAUCGGGCAGGAGGACUCCCCCGAGAUGCAGCAGGCAGCACAGAACAAGCGCAGGCUCUCCGUCAUCUCGGAUGGCAAGUUUGAGAGGAGCUUCUCUGAGGAGCAGGCAGAGAAGAUGCCAAGUGAGGGACCGAAGCCACGAGUCUACACCAUCUCCGGCGAGAGGCCGAUGCUGUCAGACCACGAGAACGAAAGUAUGGAGCUGGUGGUGAUGAAAGGGGCUGCCCAAGAGGAAUGCCACCACGGCCACCCUGUGCACGGUGCUGGUGGCUCUCACGGUGUCAGCAGGCAUUGCAAGGGCUGGCCUGGCAGCCGGCAGGGAUCCAAGGAGUGCCCAAACUGCACCCGGCUGGCUGCUCCUUCUCAUCAUUCCUUUGACCUAGAGCCGCAUCAAUCCGGUGAGACUGGAUGGCACAGAAAAAGGCUGGAGAGGAUGUAUAGUGUCGAUCGAGUGUCUGAUGAUGUCCCCAUACGAACCUGGUUCCCAAAAGAGAACCUCUUCAGUUUUCAAACUGCUACUACAACUAUGCAAGCCAUCUCGGCAUUCAGGGGCUACGCAGAAAGGAAGAGACGGAAACGAGAGAAUGAUUCUGCAGCUGUUAUACAGAGGAAUUUUCGGAAGCACCUCCGCAUGGUGGGGAGCCGAAGGGUUAAAGCACAAACAUUUGCCGAACGGCGUGAGAGGAGCUUCAGCAGGUCCUGGAGUGACCCGACUCCCAUCAAAGCUGAUUCCUUCCAUGACUCUCGAGAAAGCCAUGAUCUUCAGGAUUCCUGUGGCACUUUGGAUGGUGACUUUGACUUGAACUGGGAAGCAGAAAAGGAGCUUGAAGCCAUGGCGUGUGAUGGAGAAGACUUUAUUCCACCAAAAAUAAUGCUCAUUUCUUCCAAGGUGCCCAAAGCUGAAUACGUCCCAACAAUUAUUCGCAGGGACGAUCCCUCCAUCAUCCCCAUUCUCUAUGACCACGAACACGCCACCUUUGAUGACAUCCUAGAGGAAAUAGAGAAGAAGCUUAACAUUUAUCGGAAAGGCUGCAAAAUCUGGAAAAUGCUGAUAUUUUGCCAGGGGGGUCCAGGUCACUUAUACUUGUUAAAGAACAAAGUUGCCACUUUCGCCAAAGUGGAGAAGGAGGAAGAUAUGAUCCUCUUCUGGAAGAGGUUGAGUCGUCUGAUGAGUAAAAUCAAUCCUGAACCAAAUAUCAUUCACAUCAUGGGCUGCUAUGUUCUUGGAAACCCCAAUGGGGAGAAGCUAUUUCAGAAUCUGAAAAACUUAAUGAAUCCUUAUAGGGUUGCCUUUGAGUCUCCACUUGAACUAUCAGCUCAAGGUAAGCAAAUGAUUGAGACUUACUUUGACUUCCGCCUUUACCGCCUCUGGAAGACCCGCCAGCACUCUAAACUAUUGGAUUACGAUGAUAUUUUAUGAUCUGGAGAAGACUUUGCAAGAAGUUGUUGAUCACCAGUGUCCAAGAAGUCAUGCUUAUUGCAGAGAGACUCUUUUAUUGGCACAGGGAGCCCUACAGGAGGCUGCAGUGCUAAAGGGAGGGAAGAAGGAGCCCUCGGAAGUGGAUCGGGAAGAAAGUCUCCUGGGUCAAGAGAGACUGGAGGGGAAGGGGUUUGACGCCUCGCUGGCCUCGGGUCAGAGCCGUGGUGUCUCAGGAGGAGCUGUGUGAAGUGAGGACAGGAUGGAGUUCCUUGCAGAACUGAGCUGUUUUGGGUCAGAAUGGGCCAGAUUUGAUUCCAGGUCCUUUUAAAGACUUUUAAAGCUCAGGUUUUCUUACAAAAAAUAAAAAUAAAUUACCCGUGCACUACAAUGAAGAAGUGACCAGAGCACAGAGGAAGGAAGGUUUUGUACUCAUGGGACCUUCUGUGCCUGGGGAUCUUGGAGAGCAAGGACUGCUACACCUACUCCUGCAGGCUGACAUCAAGACGAUCCAGUGUCAAUGUGAAUAUACUGGAAUAUAGAAUUGAAGUCUAACUUUUUUUGGUUUUGUUUAAUAGAAAAUAAGUGCAAUUUUUAUAGAGAGGAGGGAGAAACCCCUCCUGGUAUUUAAUUAGUUAAAAACAACACACCAGUAACCAAUAGAUGAGGUAUUUUUGGUCUGCUUGAAAAUAUAUUCAGAAUGGUAAUAUAUCUUCUGUAGACAUAUUUAAUCACCAGCAAACAUGGUUUUAACGUAACCUAGCAGACCCUGCAUGUCUGCUGCAUUGAUUAAUCCGGUUUGGUUCAUCACUUUCAGAGUAGCUGUGUUGCACAAAUUGUAUGUGCUCUCACGAAUGUAUAUUUCUCCUCCAGUUAGACACAACUUUGUUACUUUCUAUUUUGCUGCUUGCAAAACUAUGUAACUUUAGUUUUGCUGAAAUAUUUUAGGUUAGAAAUACGGUACUUGGCUGGGAAGCCUCGGCCAGGUUCACUAUGAUAUAAAAAUGAAGUAGAAAUUAAUAGCCAUGGUAAUUGUUCACGCCAGUAUUUUGCAACGUGUUGAGAUGGGCUCGUUGGGGGUGCUGUGUUGAGCAGUGAGGGUUCAGGCCAUCAGACACCCUCCCAGGAGGUUGGGAAGAAAUGCUUCCUGAAGAGUUCAGCACGGGUUUGUAGCAUGAGAUUGAAUCUUCCCUGUGUUCACUUGAUUGCAAGUUGUUUGGGCGUAGAUCUCCUCUUUUCAGUGCUAGAAAGACCUGUUUGUUGGGCAGAGCUGCUCACAUCCCUUCCUGUGCAGGGCAAAGCAAACGCAGGGUUUUGUUGCUGUGGUUUGAGAGCCCAGAUUUGUACUUGACAUUUGAGGGAUCUAUUUUGGAAUAGAUUUCCUUUGUGUUCCUUUAGCACAGGGACUGAUUUUUGUUUUGGGAGGGGUUUGGUUUGGUUUUCUCCAUCUGCAGCUCUUCAGAGGACAACUCAAUACCACUUGCAGUCCGUGCAGGUCACCGGCUCUCCUGGGAGGGGAUACACUCCAUUUCUUAUAUAAGUAAAAUGUACUGGAGGUGAACAGGGAGGAUUAGGGUUGUUUUCCAGGUUAGGAUUGUUUUCCUGAUUUCCUGGGGCCUAAAUUAUCAGAUUGUGACGUGAUGGCAAAUAUGUGUACAGACGUUGCUUUAAAUACUUGCAAAAAGCAGUAGUUGUUCUGAUCUGUAGAGUACUCCUUCCCUCUGUGAUGUGUGUGGUGUAAUCCUGGGGGCAGGCUGCUGGCUGGAACUGCUGAACCCUGUACAUUUAGAGCAGUUUCGUAGCAAAACUUUUGAAGAAAGAAUGUACAUAUGGUGUGUAAAGGGAGGAAUGGUUGGAGAGAGGGAGAGGUUGGAGCCGUGAAGGCAGCGCAUUGAACCAAACAGCUCACAGCUGCUUCUCUGCCUGCUGGGCUCCAGCCCCUGAGCUGGCUGGGUUUCCAGACCUGCAGUGAAGGGGACAGGCUGUGACUUUUGGCAGAAAAUGCCAGAUCUAAACCCCAAACCCACAUGGAUACCAAUUGUCUGUUCCUUAGCGUGGCAGCCUCCACCAGCUGUGCUUGUGAGAGGUGGGAGCCACAGGUUCAGAAAGCAAAAUCACGUGUUAUUUAGAGUGUGGUCGUGGCAGGAUUAAAAUGCUGAUACAAAAUUCUCCCUUUGUGACCCUUUUGCCUCCUAUGGUUAUUGCUCCUAACUGGAGACUGACAACUUGUUCUUCCUCUUUCUUUUCUGAAGUGAAAUCCCAAUUCGGUGAACUUGGUAGCAUGGAUGUAGCAUUGUGGAACUAUUGAAAACCUUCUAUAUCUGGGAAAGGGCCCAUUUAUGUCCCCACUUCAGUGAUUUGUCUGUACAAUUAUUGUGUAUCUAUUAGCACUGACCACUUGUGGAACUCGGGUUGCAAAGUAGAAAGGUGUUUCUUGCAUAAGCACUGUAGGAAGAUGUGUGUUGGAACAAGCAGCACGCGCUGUUCUGGUGCAGCUGACUGUGGUGCAGUGCAAUGACAAACUGACUGCGUUCCUCUCUUUUCCAAAGAUCUAUAAUCAACAUAGCUUGUGAUGUUUAUGACAUGAGUGUAUUGUUUCUGUUGUAGCAUUCUUUUGACUCGAGAGAUGAAACACUCUCAAAGCUGUGACUGGGGAGACAGCAGAGUGUUGAUGUUUUCUGUGCAAGUAGCGUCAUUGAAGCGUUGACUGUUUAGAUGGAAAAAAAGGAAUUCUUCCCCUUUUAACCUCUUGAAUUUUGUAAGCGGCUGCUGGGGGGAAAAGGAGUCAGCAGAGAAUAGGGUGGGAAACAAACAAGUGUAAGCAUUACAAAUAGAGCCUGUGACUCCUCAGCAGGACCAGCCUGCACAGGGUGACCUGUGUGCAUGCUGCUGGCGGAGCCGAGUGCAGUCUGUCCUGCCCAAGGCCUCUCUGUGCUUCCUCCAGCUUUGAACUGCGCUGUUGGGAUGCAUCUGUCUGAAGCCAUGGAACUGCUUUGCUCACACACACUAAUUGCUGUUUGAGCUGGAGCUGCCAUGUAAGAAAGGGGAUCCUGGGGAGCAGCUUGCAGCAUGGUUGUGCCCACGUUAACCUGCUCUUCUGGGGGAUCUGCAGCCCUUCUGCUGCGCUGUGCUUUGGGCUCUGCCCCAGCACGGCCAUUCUGCUUGCCUGCUGCUCCUGCAGCUCCAGGGGUUGGAUUUGCCCUUAGCAGGGGCUGGAGAAACCAUGAUGUGCAGUGCAAGUCCUGGUUAACCUGGAGAGAAGUGGGAUAAACUGGAAUAGCUACAUGGGAGCACCUCAGCAAAGUGCAGGCUGUGACUCCAGCCCUUUACUUACCCUUCCUACUGAGGAAUGCCAAUAGAGAGCUCUGCUGGGCUCAGACUGGGAGCAGCCCUGGCAGCUCGGUCGCCUUGCUCCAGAAGCUGGGGAUGCCCAUCUCUUUGGUUGUAGCACUUGUCCUGUACAGGGCUUCCUAGAGAGGCUUUUCUCUUCUCUAUUGGCUGGGAAGGACGAAAAGGAAGAGAAAUUGGUGCCCUAAGGGACAGAGAAAGUCAGAAAACUGUUACAGCUUUUUGCAUCUCUCCUCACACUGCAGCUUCCUUUGCAACUGACCUCCAGGCCUGGGAUGGCAAACGAAUGAAUUAGCAGACCAGCCCUGCUAUUGCAUUAAACCCAUAAAAUCAUACCAGUCUGUGUAGCUCCAGAGAAACAUCUGACUGCAGAAGGCAAACAGCCUGUCCUGGCCCUGCUGUGUGUGCUGUGGGCUCCCACUCUCCACCUCCGAGCACCUCAGGAGCUCCCUGAGCCUCAUCCCAUGCCCCUGGGGAGCUCUGCUUGCCUCCCAGCAGCGCUGCUUUGCUGAGAGCACUCUGGAAAUGAAUUUGUCCCUCAUUUCUCAGCCUGGACUUGUCUGGAGCUGCACACAGGUUUCCUGCUCCAGAGGCUUCUGGGCAAAACAUCUGUCUGUGCUUUCACGUCACCCCUCGAGGCAACAUCACCAUUCUGUGCUGCGUUUGCAUCUCCAGCUCUUGGCACAUAUCUGCUCUGCAAAUAGCUGCUGCUGCUUCGGGACACUGCUGUGUUAGUGAGCUGUGGCUGUGGGUUCCUCUUCCCAGGGCUCUGCUGAGGGUGACUGCAAACACUGCUUCAUCGCCUCCAGGCAGCACGAGUUGGGGCGGUCAGAAGAGCAGAAGGCAGUGAUGCUGAGCAGCCCCAGCACGGUGAGAGCUGCAGGUGGCAUCCUGAGCCCAGGCCCUGCCAGGAGGCGCACAGCAGACUCGCUCUGCUUGCUCUCUGCAUAAACAUUCAACUCAUCACAACCCACAGAAUCACAGAAUGGCCCGGGUUGGAGGGGACCUCAAGGACCAUAAAUCUCCAGCCCCCCUGCCACAGGCAGGGCCACCAACCUCCCCAUGUAACCCACUUUAGGAGUGACGCAUGCAUGCAUUACCCGCGGUGCUUCGCUUCAGGAUGCGAUGUUACUAACAUUCAAAAAUAAUCCUUCCAGGCCCUUUGGCAAUUGGCACGGGUUGCCAUGCAGCAGAGGCUGUGCCGGGUUGUGCUGUGCAGCCCCACUGCCAGCAGCAGGAAGCAGAUCUGCAGCCACACGCUGAGCUGAGUCACUCUGUGCUGGUUUUCCUGAUGUUCACUGGACCUGGUGAUGCAGGCAGACCUUCCUGCAGGGUGACACACUGAUAUCCUCCCUGGGGACAUGGACAGGCAAUGCCAUCUUCUAAGCCAUCUAUAAAAAUAGAGUACUUUGUGAUCUGUGCUCUGUCCCACCAAUCACUGAGCAUCUGCAGCCAUCUGUGUCUUUCAUGGCACUGUGUUUUAUUUCUCAGGCGUGGAAACUCAAGCCAAAGUCAACUGGAAACUGUUACGGUUUUGAUGAGAAAUCAGCCUGCUGCUAACUGUGUUUGCUGGAGUUGAGUGAGUACAUGGGUGGUUUAAUGGCUGUGAACCUGACAGUGACUGCUGUUAUCCAGGGUAAUUGUGCUGAGCGAUCAGCAGGAUGGCAGGGCUGGCUGUCUAACCUCCCAGCUAUAGGAACUGGUAGCUGCUUUGAUUCAAAGGUAAAUUCUGCACUUCCCAUCAGCGUGCAAAACCUGGAAGACUGGAAGUAAUAAAAUUACGGACAUCAAAGUCCAUAUCUGAUCCAUAUCUUAUAUUCUCUGAAGAGAAAAUAAGUUGCAUUUUUUCCAUAAAUAUUGAGUACAUCUCAAAGAACUAACACAACCUGGUAAUUUUUCACAUCAUGGUACUGAUUUUAGAGCAUCCUUAAAACUGAAAUAUGUAAGGACGUAUAGAAAGCAUCUAGGGACUUGUGAUGUAGUGAUGGUCAGGCAGCAGCGCUUAGUUAAUGUGCUCUCUGCAUCCAGACCAGCUGAUGGUUACGGCAGCAGCAGUGGCCCCAGAUACAUUCCCAGCAGCAGAGCUACGUGUGCUCCCCUUCUAACAGCACAGCCCAUCGUGUGAGCUGCUGAGUGUGAGCAAUAAGCUGCCAGCACAGCACCUCCCCUGCCCCUGCUGUCAUUGGUUUUUGUGUGUCUGACAGUCAUCUUCCCAUGGCUGUGUGUAGGUGUGAUGAGCUGUAUGCAGGGAUGAUCCUUACCUGGGGAACGGGACUGCAGCAGUGCUGAGAGGGCUGUUGGCAUGGGGAUGUGUUGCUGGCUCAGGACAGCACAGGUACACACAGGUGGUGUUCAAAAAGCUUCAAGGGAGAGUGGGGGGCUGUUGAUUUUGGGGUCUGCAAUCAAAAGUCCUGCCGGUGCAGAGCUGGGAAUUCGAGUACAGCACAGGAAUCCUUACCCUGACUUUUGAGAUGCCCUAAAGCCAUCUCAGACACACACAGCAGGGUGAGGUGCUCUGCAUGGGGGCGCUGCUCACUGUGCAGGCCAUGUCCCUGUGCUCCCCCUGACUCUGCUUGCCAAAUGAGACCUCCCUUUAUUGGGCUUUGAGCUGGGGAGGGCUGUAGGAACCAAGCGAGCUCUGUGUGCCACAAUGCAGGGAAAUGCACUGGAAUUGUACCUACGUGAGCACCAAGGGGCCACAGAUUUUCCACUGUGUGCUUCCUGUUGUUCUUUAACAACACUGUUCCUGGAAUUGGGCGACUUCAGCUGUGAUGCCAAGCAACAGCCACAGCGAAAACCGUGCUUGCAGGCCUGGGAGGUCAGUGUACUUUUAAUAUCUCAACUAUUUCUGCAGAGUUCAGACAGCAGUUCUCAUUUCCAGUUCCUUCGCUCAGCUGGUCGGAGUUGCAGAUGUCAGCCCCAGGAUGGAGGGCUGUGCUGGCUGCAGGCAAAAGCUGUCUGAAGGGAGAGUCUGGAAAAUGGAGCUUGCCACCUGUGAGCUCAGCAGGCCCCACACCAGCAGGCUGCUCCCUGGGGAGGAGGAAGGAAGCUGUUAGCACGGCCGGGCUGCAGGCGGCUCUGUGCUGGGAGCAGCCCUGUGCCGCGCAGGAGCCCACUGCCGCCCGUAGCGUUCCUCUGAGCCUAUCUGCUGCUUUGUGUGUGAUAAGCAGGUUUCCAUGACGUGAAUGUUUCUAGAUUUUAAGAUGUGAUUUAAUAAAAAGUGACGUUUCUGGGAAAGCA